CCCCGGCGGGGGGGGGGGGUACGCCGGAGAGUUAUCGGGGCGAUCACUUCUGAUCAUUGAACCAUAUUGUAACCUAUGGCGUGCGGAUUAUACAUACGGCCGUACUGCAGAAAAGCGCCCAGCAGGUUUGUUUUCUUUGAACCAGGGUUGACUCUGGAACUGCAAAACGACUGCAUAAACUCAAUCCCCAGUUUGGCUUUUAUCCCUGUGGGGAGCAGGGCUACCCUGUUCCCUAAGGGUUCGUCGCCGACUAAUCGGCCCGUGGGCUGUAAGUAUAGGUGCAGCGCAAUGAUACCAUUCUCCUGUGUGAUCAGAUAUGCAUCUAUGACGGUUAUGCAUGGGCGGGACAGGAUAUAAAGUGUAGGCUGCUUUUUGGCUUUGGCUCCUCUAUCAACAAUGAGCGCUUUUACCGAGCCUGCGGGCCGGCCCCAGCGUGACGGUCCUGCUCUGCGUGCAUCCGCUAUGGUUGCGGGUGAUGCUUUUGCGAGAGCCCUCGGUGAGACAUGCGACGUAUGCUCUGUAGUAGCUCCUCAGAUAUUAUGCCAUCUCCAGAACUCCUGGAACGGCUCUGCAGCCAUCGCAAAUAUCCCAACGAGCGGCCGCAGCGGUGUUGAUGCGAACUCGGUUAUUGCUUCGCUGGGCAACAUUUGGUUGCGACGAUACACAUUCCAACCCUGUUCAGCCAGACAAGAUCCAGUGAAGCCGUAAGCGGACGGGUUUACUGGCGUUGUGCAGGAGUAUACCCCCCCC